UUUCAGCUCAUAGCUGUCGAGGGAAGGGCCUGAUGUUAUCUGGACAGGCAGCUGAAUAAAUGAGAUGAAGCUGAGAGUCUGCAUCACCAGAUCUUCCUCAGCAGCUUCGUGGAGUGUGAUCUCGAGCUCCCUGACUUUGUACUCACUCAGACACCAAAAUGAGUAAACUGGAGUCAGCCAUGGACACCCUCCUCGAGGUUUUUCAGUACUACUCUUCAAAAGAGGGUGACAAGUUCCAGCUGAACAGGGUGGAGCUGAGGAACCUGCUGCGAGGGGAGCUGAGCCAGUACCUGCAGGACAGCAGGGACCCUGCACGGGUGGAGGCGAUCAUGGCUGACCUGGACAAGAAUCUGGAUGGCACCGUGAGCUUUGAGGAGUUUGUCGCCAUGGUGACUCAGCUGACUGUGUGCAGCACCAGCUUCUUUCAGGAAUACACUCCUGUGGUGAUCAGAUGUGGUCAGAUUAGAGACGGGCAGUUUCAAGCUCUGUGAACAGCAAGGAGUGAAAUGACGUUUGGACAGCUGUGAUUUUAACUCAGGCUACUGAACAUGUUCCUGCUCUAAUCCGAACCAUACAACAUCAUGUCUUUAUGAAUAUUAAAGCUGAACAUAUCUGA